CUUUUAUUUCGCAUUAUUAUAUUAUUUCCAUUGAAAAAUCUCUGCUUCGCCAACGCCAUGGCGAUUUCUGUAUCAGCCCCUGCACACAACUGUGGCCUCACCAUUGGAAUUAAAAGAAGUUUUCAUCGCCUCCCAAUUCACAAUGUUAAUUUAAGUUUUAACUGCAAUCUCAGCUCUCCUCUCUACUUAACACCCACUUUUUCAGCCAUUUCUGCCUCCUACAGGUCAUCUGCUAUCUCCAACUCCACAGGAAUAGAGUCUACAGUGGUGAGUGAGGACACCACCAAUGUGUUGGAUGAUGUUCAAGUAUUUGAUCUGAAUGGACAAGGUGUACCUAUUUCGGAUCUGUGGAAAGAUAGGAAAGCAGUUGUUGCGUUUGCUCGUCAUUUUGGAUGUGUCCUUUGUCGCAAAAGAGCUGAUUAUCUUGCAGCUGAGAAGGAUAAAAUGGAUGCAGCUGGAGUUGCACUUGUUUUAAUUGGACCUGGUAGUGUUGAUCAGGCAAAAGUAUUCUCCGAGCAAACAAAGUUUAAAGGAGAAGUUUAUGCAGAUCCAAGCUAUAGGUCUUAUGAUGCUCUGAGAUUUGUGUCAGGCGUUACAACCACAUUCACACCCGGGGCAGGUCUGAAAAUAAUACAAUUAUAUAUGGAAGGCUAUAGACAGGAUUGGAAGCUUUCUUUUGAGAAGGACACCAGGACACGAGGUGGCUGGCGACAAGGAGGAAUUAUUGUUGCAGGUCCUGCUAAAAAUAAAAUCACAUACAUACACAAGGAUAAAGAAGCAGGGGAUGAUCCAGAUAUAAACGAUAUCUUGAGUGCUUGCUGUGUACAAGCUAAUUAAUCAAGUCAAUCCGCACCUGCCAAUGCGUAUGUGUAUAUACAGACAUACAUUAUCUAAAUGUAUCAUUGUAUAUGUGCAUCAUCAUAAUUAAAAGAAAAAUUCAAGUAAGGUGGUUCUUAAAGAGUUUGAAAGGUUUUAUCAUGUAGAGGGUUGUAAGAUUUUGUAUAAUCAUUGUCAUAUGGGGGCGGAGCUACAGUAGUGGGUGCGGGUUCGGACGAACCCAGUGACUUUUUCCGGAACCCUGUAUUUGUAUUGAAAUAUUUACUAAAUCUAUAUAAAUAUAUAUUGCCGAA